AUGCAGCGAAGUUCUGGAGGAGUAUGCAAAAGAACACGAGAAGUGGCGAAUGAAUUGCUCAAAGGCAUUUCAAAAAGCUUGGGAUUGGAAGAAAAUUACAUAACAAAGAGAAUGGAAGUAGGGUCUCAGAUGGUGGUCGCAAAUCUUUACCCACCAUGUCCACAGCCUCAAAUCGCAAUAGGGCUGCCUCCUCAUUCCGACUACGGCCUCAUCACUCUCCUCAUCCAGAACCAACUCAUGCACAAUGGAUACUGGGUUCCUGUCAAUCCCCUCCCUGAUUCUAUAAUAGUCAACAUUGGUGACCAUAUGGAGAUACUAACAAACGGAAAGUAUAAGAGCGUGGUGCAUAGAGCGGUGCUAAAUAGCGAAGGGACGAGAAUUUCCGUAGGAACAGCCCACGGCCCACCGCUGGAUUGCAUUGUGAGCCCUGCACCAGAGCUGGCUAACCCAGCAGCAUAUCGUGGAAUCAAGUUCUGCCAACUUUCGGAAAAAACCUGCCUCGACCGUAUUCGACUAUAA